UGUCCACCAUCAAAGUCAGUCUUGUCCACCAUCAAAGUCGGUCUUGUCCACCAUCAAAGUCAGUCUUGUCCACCAUCAAAGUCAGUCUUGUCCACCAUCAAAGUCAGUCUUGUCCACCAUCAAAGUCAGUCUUGUCCACCAUCAAAGUCAGUCUUGUCCACCAUCAAAGUCAGUCUUGUCCACCAUCAAAGUCAGUCUUGUCCACCAUCAAAGUCAGUUUUGUCCACUAUCAAAGUCAGUCUUGUCCACCAUCAAAGUCAGUCUUGUCCACCAUCAAAGUCAGUCUUGUCCACCAUCAAAGUCAGCCUUGUCCACCAUCAAAGUCAGUCUUGUCCACCAUCAAAGUCAGUCUUGUCCACCAUCAAAGUCAGUCUUGUCCACCAUCAAAGUCAGUCUUGUCCACCAUCAAAGUCAGUCUUGUCCACUAUCAAAGUCAGUCUUGUCCACCAUCAAAGUCAGUCUUGUCCACCAUCAAAGUCAUUGCUGAUUGGUGGGAAAUGA